GAUACAUUUCGUUCACCAUAAACCAUGUCCGCACCAAAGCGCUCGACGGUGUACGUCGCGGGAUUGCCAGCAGCUGUUAAUGAAGACCAGCUGCUGGCUACGUUUGUCACGUUCGGCGACAUCCUCGAGAUCAGCAUGCCGCAUGAGCAGCACGACUCAACAAAACACCGCGGAUACGCCUUCAUUACCUUUGCAGAGGCGGCGGACGCGCAGGAGGCCAUCGACAACUUCGACCUGAACGAGCUGCCCGGGUACGCGGGGCAAGGCAAGUUCCUCAAGUGCUCCAUUGCGAACCCAAACAAGUACGGUGGCGACAGCAGCGGCAAGCAUGGCCGUGCAUUGUGGGAAAGCGAAGAAUGGCUGCGCGAGAACGCAGAAGCGGGGCCAGACCUAGCCGCGGCGGCGGCGGCGGAGGCGCAGAACGGAGCAUAGAUAUGUAUCAAGUAGAGACUGAGCGUUGGUAUGGCGCGGCCCGGCGUGAGAGAGGACACCCUCACGAGCAGAAUCAGAUGUUUCGCCGAGGUCGGAGCAUGCUGCUCCCCGGCAGGUGUCCCAAGUGACCAGCAUCAAGCUAUUGCGCUCUACCAACUCUCUCCUCAUGCUUAUCGCGUUGCCUCUGCCCUUUAUCACGAGCAUAUCACCUCUGGCCGUCGUACUGGAUUCGAUUACCGACAUUCUCUCUCACGUGGCUUCUUGCACCAACUACAUCGCUU